GGCCCUACCUAGCAGAGUUGAUAUUCAGAACGCUUUCAGGGCCAGGACGCUAACAACCGUGCGGUGAUAAAAUGGAUCCAGGCGUCUACAUUUCCUUGAUUUUAGGAUUUUAUUCAGUGGCCUGUCAGGAUGUGUUUGUGACCGUGAAUGAAGGAACUUUGCGUGGACGUUUAACCCGUGUUGAAGACAAGGAUUUGGAAGUUUAUCUGGGUGUCCCAUUUGCAGAGCCUCCUGUCGGCGAGAGGAGGUUCCAACGGCCCGUCUCUCCGAGUACCUGGGAGGGGCCUCGGGACGCCACAUGGUACGGACCAGCAUGUCCUCAAUGGAACCUCAAGCCACAGUUCAAUGUGACGAUGGAUGAAGACUGCCUUUACUUGAAUGUGUACACAAGAUCCACAUCCGUGCCUACUCUCCCUGUCAUGGUAUUCAUCCAUGGUGGAACAUUUUUGACCGGAUCUGGUUCUUUCUUCGAUCCAUCCAUGUUGGCUGUCAGGGACGUUGUCAUGGUGACCAUAAACUACAGACUCAACGUCCUAGGCUUUCUGUCUACUGAAGACGCUGCUGCCCCGGGAAAUUUUGGCAUGAUGGACCAGGUGAUGGCCUUGACCUGGAUCAGGGACAAUAUUGCCAAAUUCGGUGGUAACCCUGGUGACGUCACAAUCAUGGGCUACAGCGCCGGAUCUGCUAGCGUGUCCCUCCAUCUGUUGUCUCCACUGUCCAGGGGAUUGUUCCACAAGGUUAUUGCUCAGAGCGGAAGUAGCCUAGCUGACUGGGCGGCGGCAAGCGCUCGCGAUAAUGUGUCUCCAAGAGACGUGGCCUUCACCUUGGCUAGCGAGGUCAACUGUACCGGUUCAAGUUCCGAAACUGUGGUUGCCUGUCUACGAGGGGUCAGCGCAGACGACAUCGUUAACGCCGGCAGAAAUGUUAUGCGUCCCCCAAGAAGACUAACCUGGUCCCCGGUUAUUGAGACGCUGUACGGCUUUCUCCCAGACUACCCCCGGGCCCUGGUUGACAGGGGUCAGACAGCCAAUGUCCCGGUCAUGAUCGGAGUUAACAAAGAUGAAAGUUCCAGAUCUGUUGCUGCACUGCCCGGAUCAAACGACGGAGUAAACGCCAGCGUCUUCAGGGACAAGAUCUUUGACUUUGCCUCUAAGGAAUAUCCCGAAUACACGUACACCGUAUCGAUGGCUAUGGUGAAAGCGUACUUGAAGUAUUGGAUGGAUCCUUUGGCUAUCAGGGCGUCCUAUGUCAAUUUUCUGACCGACUAUUAUUUUACGGCGCCUGCCAUUUUGGAGAGCGAGCUUCUGACAAGUCGACCAGGCAGAAGGUCACUAUACUUCUACCGGCUGGCUCACAGACCGGCCAACAACUCUGACCCGCAGUGGCAAGGUACAAGCCACAAUAUUGGACUUCUCCUGUACACGUUCGGCGUGCCUAUUAUGGGGCCAGGGGGUUACAGCUGGAGAUGGACUUGGAAAUGGACUGAAGCAGACAAGGAGUUCAGUCGAGUCGUCAUGAACAUGACCCUCAAUUUUAUCCUAUACGGGAACCCCACACCUACUGAAGUUGGCGGGGUCAUAUGGGAGCCAUUCACAGCCUUUGACAGAAGAUAUCUUUACCUUGACUCCAGUUCUGUAAUGAAGUCUGACCUUCGACCGAAUGACAUGAUGUUUUGGAACAAUGAUAUUCCUAAUAUUAUAAAUGAGCAGGUUAUCUUCCCCAAUUCAGCCUCGAUGGACAGUCAAAUCCCAUUGAUCGUACUUGUAGUGGCACUCAUUUCGUUGUCUCUUCAGUAAGUUACGUUGUGUGGUCUGGCAGGCCAAGGAAGUCCAUGCGUCAUUUGGACAUGGCGAUCCAGUCCCAGGCCUGUUUCAUUAAAUCGUUUUCAAACAGAAUAUUGGAUAAUUCCUGCAUUCUAGUUAGCUAAAAGAGCCAGGUGUUAUUGCGUUCAUUUCGCAACGAAUGUAAAAA